AGUCAUCUGAGCCGAGCGCCUUCAUCAGGGCCACAGACAGGGGCGAAGGGCAUCGUGAGCACUUCGCAACAAUCUUCAAUUUCUUAUCCCACAGGUACUUCGCUGUACACUUCGGUCUCAAUAGAAUAGACAUUUACUCUCAGCGAUAUCAAUACUUUCUUGUUCAUAUUCGCUUGAGAUAUGUACUGUAUAAGAUUGUCAAAGGGUAUUGCUUCUCGGUCGGCUCUGAAUUAAUAGCUUGCAGCGCUUUUGCAUGAAAGCGAGGCCGACUUUAGUCGUAGCACAAUAUGCUAGGCCUGCGAUAGUCAUCGUAACCAUUGAAAUCGGUAUGAGUCUGCAAACAUGAUAUUAUAUUAUAGACAUCGCCAUAUUUCAAAAGACGCACUGCACUGUCCUGUGCUCUGUUAUCCGUGUAACACUUACAUGCCAAACAUAGAUAUCUUGUCGCUGGAUUGUUUGACAGAAGGAAAUAUGAGGGUAUCAAGAAAAAGAAAAGAGUCUCAUUUCAUACACGCGAAAACUCUUUCGUUUAUGCCUGUAUUCAGAGACAUCCUGUCGAAAAGGAAAUCUGACCCAUAAGAUAUUGCCUGAAAGCGGUAAUGGAAAGCACCUAUGUUUGUAUACUUGUUUUUUUUCGACUAAAUCAUCCUUUCUUCCCAUCCCUUUACUCACCCAAAGUGAUAUAGAAAAGAAUCAU